CACCCUGCUGGUGGAAGGGGCGGAGCCGAGCGCUCACCCAGUCCCGGGGGAGGCGGAAGCGCUGGCCCAGCGCGCUCACCUGUCGGAGCCGUGCGCACAGGUAGAGGCGGCCGCUCCGCGUCUGGAUCCGGCGGGCAGCCUCCCAGAUGUGGGGAUCAGCAGUUGGAGAAGGAAACCUGCUGUCCAGCAGCCCCACAGGAGGCCGGUAGGUGAGCCAGGGCUAGACCUUUGUCUUUGGAACAUCUCACAUCCCACGGCUGUGUACGCAGAGGCAUUCUACUCAGCCAGGAUACAGCAUAAACCGUGGCGUCUGGAUGACCAGGCUGCAGAAGGGUGAGCCCUCUAAGGGGGAGUCUUCGUCUUCAGCGCUGCCUCUCUCUGCCACAACCAGCCAUGAACUAUGUGGGGCAGCUGGCAGAGACGGUGUUCGGGACGGUGAAGGAGCUGUACCGGGGCCUGAACCCUGCCACACUCAGCGGAGGCAUUGACGUGCUGGUGGUGAAGCAAGUGGACGGCUCCUUCCGGUGCUCGCCCUUCCAUGUCCGGUUUGGCAAACUGGGCGUCCUGCGGUCUCGGGAGAAGGUGGUAGACAUUGAGAUCAAUGGGGAGCCGGUGGACUUGCACAUGAAGCUGGGGGAAAAUGGGGAGGCCUUCUUUGUCCAGGAGCUGGAGAGCGAUGAGGAGGAGGUGCCCCCCCGCCUGUGCACCUCACCCAUCCCUUGGGGGGGCCUGUCUGGCUUCCCCUCAGACUCCCAGCUUGGCACAGCCAGUGAGCCUGAGGGCCUUGUCAUCGUGGGGCGAAAGAAAAAGCGUCGAAGGAAGAAAUCCAGGCGAAAGGAAGAUGCAGUAGCAACUGAGUCUAGUUCUGAGGAGCUGGAAGCUGGAGCUGAGGGUGAAUUGUCCCCACUGAGAAAGCUGAAGCCAGAGUCCCCAGGUGCUCAGUUGGAAGAGGAGUCCUCACUGCAGUCCAAAGAUAUCUACCCCUACUCUGAUGGCGAGUGCCUCCCCCAGGACAGCCUCUCAUCAGGUGGGCUCAUAUUCCCUAAGAGUGACUCAGAGUUGGAGCUGCGGACACUGGAAUCCAGUCCCUUGAGAGCUGAGUCCCACAUGCAGUGGGCCUGGGGGAGGCUGCCUAAGGUGGCCAAAGCGGAGCAGCCUGAGUCCUCGGUGGUCCCUGUAAGUGGCAUUGGAGCAACCACUCCUCUCCAGAGAGAACCGAGCACCUCUUCCCCCUCUGUGGCUGGCCUGAGCCCUUUGGGACCUAAAAUCCCACAAACAAGGGACAGCGAUAACUUGCUUCAGGCGGAUAUGGAGUCCCCCUGGAGGAAAACUCUGGUGGAUCCCCCUCAACCCUCCCCAAAGGGUAAAGAAACAAAGGCUCAGAGCUCCAAGGAUGCAAACCUUCCUCCUGCUUCUAAAUCAUGGAACUGGGCCACUCUGGAGGCCCCUGUUCCCCCUGGGCAGCCAGAAGUCUCCAGGGGGAAAGGCUCUUUGAAGAAAAGCCAGCACUUGGGCCACAGUGACAUCUACCUGGAUGAUUUAUCCUUCCUAGACUCUGAGGAUGCAGCUCUUUACUUCCCUCAAAGCAACUGUGGGCUGGGAGCUAGGAGGUGGAGUGAACCCUGCAGCCAGAAGCUCCUGGGGAACCCCAGCUCUGAACAUGUACCAGAAUCCACGCCCGACUCAGCCAGCGUCAUAGCACUGUCCCUCUGUGGUGGAUUGGCUGACAGCCGGAACAUAUCCCAGGAGAAAUUCAACCAGCACAUCGUCUCCUACCAGGAUCUCACCAAAAACCCUGGGCUCCUGGAUGACCCAAACCUAGUGGUGAAAAUCAAUGAGAAGCACUAUAACUGGGCUGUGGCUGCCCCCAUGGUCCUCUGCAUGCAAGCUUUCCAGAAGAACCUACCCAAGAGCGCCGUGGACAAGCUGGAGAAGGAGAAGAUGCCUCGGAAGGGUGGACGGUGGUGGUUUUCCUGGCGACGAAGGGAUUUCUCAGCAGAGGAGCAUGGUGUCCACAGGGAGAACUCGACAGCCAGGGAGCAGCAGGGGGAGAAGACUGAAGUCCUAAGCAGUGAUGAUGAUACCCUAGACAUCCCUGUGAUCCUGGAGGCCCUCUCCCCACCACCUUCAACCCCAGCCUACACUCCAACCUACAAGAAGUCCCUCCGUCUCUCUUCUGAUCAGAUUUGGCGCCUGAACUUGCAUGAAGGUGCCAAUGAUGUGGUCUUCAGUGUGACCACCCAGUACCAGGGCACCUGCCGCUGCAAGGCCACCAUCUACCUGUGGAAAUGGGACGACAAGGUGAUCAUCUCUGACAUCGAUGGCACCAUUACCAAGUCGGAUGCUCUGGGUCACAUUCUGCCCCAGCUGGGGAAAGAUUGGACACAUCAAGGCAUCAUUAGUCUCUACCACAAAAUCCACCUAAAUGGGUACAAGUUCCUCUACUGCUCCGCGCGGGCCAUCGGCAUGGCUGACCUCACCAAGGGGUACCUGCAGUGGGUGAGCGAGGGUGGCUGCGGCCUCCCCAUGGGCCCCAUCCUGCUGUCUCCCAGCAGCCUCUUCUCCGCCUUCCACAGGGAGGUGAUUGAGAAGAAGCCAGAGGUAUUCAAGGUCGCCUGCCUGAGUGACAUCCAGCAGCUCUUUCUGCCCCAUGGCCAGCCCUUCUAUGCUGCCUUUGGAAAUAGACCCAAUGAUGUCUUUGCCUAUCGACAGGUAGGCCUACCUGAAUCUCGAAUCUUCUCAGUCAAUCCCCGGGGAGAACUCAUCCAGGAGCUCAUGAAAAACCACAAAUCCACGUAUGACCGGCUUAGUGAGGUGGUUGAGCUCUUCUUUCCACCUGUGGCCCGAGGCCCCAGCACAGACCUGACCAACCCCGAGUACAGCAACUUCUGCUACUGGCGGCAGCCACUGCCUGCUGUGGACCUUGAUGCCCUGGUUUGAGCCACCCCUGGCAGCCCCUCCCUGCUGCCUGCUCUGGGACUGGGUGUCUAGAGGUGCAAAGGGUUGGGAAGCCAGUUGCAAUAGGUUCUAGAUCGCAGUGUGGUCUCGACCUGUAGCAUGCUACUGCCUGGCAUACUGGCACACUCCUGUAAUCCCAGCUGUUUGGGAGGCUGAGACAGGAAGAUUGCAAGUGAGUUCAGCCUGGGCAAUUUAGUAAGACCUUGUCUAAAAAAAGGGUGCCAGGCUUGGUGAUGCACCCCCUUAAUCUCGGCACUCAGGAGGCUGAGGCAGGAGGAUUGUUGUAAGUUCAAGACCAGUUUGGGCUGCAAAGUGAGCUCAAGGCCAGCCUGCAUUACAAUACUGUCACAAAAAAAGUUUGAAGAUAUAUCUUAGCAAGUAUAAGACCCUAAAUUCCAUUUCCAGCACUGAAAAAGCAAAGACUUUGUCACCUAAGCCCUUCCAGGGUUUGUGUUUGAUGUGUCUGUCAUUCCCGCCACUCUGGGACUUGACCUCAGCUCAACAGGUUAGAGAGAAGAAUGCCCUGCUAAGACUUGAGGCCCAUAUGCACAGGGAAGAGAGUGUCAGUGGCAGCAGGGCAAGGCUGAGUGCCAUCAGGAAAGAACACGGCGCUCAAGUCAUACUCUUCUGGGACCCUGUACUCUGAAAAGCAACUCCUCCAUACCCCUGCCCCCAGCUCCUAAGCCAGGCAGCCCUGCUUCCCCUCAGUGUGCCCUGGUAACAGCCCCAAGUCUGGAUGCUCCAGGGAGCCUCUGAAAUCAGGGAGAGAGACUCGGGUCCCAUGAGGACUGAGGGAAUGUGGCUUCUGCUUGCCCCACUGAUGCCUGGGCCCUGCCCCAAUCCACUUAGCAUGUUCCUUAAGGGCUCAGACUCAAACCUGGCCAUGGCAGGUGGUGUUUGCUGACCACUUCAGAGAAGUGCAGUGUGCAGCUGCUGAGAGGUCUCGUCUGAGGUGCAGGGCAACACCCCCAGCAGCCUUCCCUCACACUGCCUUUGAUGAAAAAAUAACACCUGUAGACUGGCUGAAAGCUUUAAUCCAGAUCCUGCCCUCCUCCCACAGCACCAGAGUGGAGGGCAUAGCACCAAAUGUUCAGAAACCAGAAGGCAGGGCUGUGGGGUCCUGCCAAGGACACAGGAGGCCCAAGCGACUGUGAGGGAAACCAGGGCUGACAGCCUCAGUACAGGUGGGAACUGCACGGGCCUCAGGAACACUUGCAUUUUUCCAUUUGUGCCUUGGUGGUUUCAUACCUGAAUUUCUUACCACUUUGUGAUCAUCUUGGCAGGACUGGGGUUUUGUAAGGGUGUUAAAAGCAAGGCCUGGCCCCUUUUUCUCCAGCUAUGGCUUUCUCAGGGUCUGGCUUCUUUUAGGCUACACUUAGGACAGAGGUACUGACCUGGGGAAACAGAAGUGAUUUUUUCCCCAACUAGGAAGAAGAGGACCGGUGCCCUGAAAAUGUCUUUGGGAAAGGAAAAAAAUAAACUGGGGUCUCCAGAUUGUCUAGAUCUAA